GGCCCGUUCCAUUUAAGAAAAAUGACUCUUUUAAUAUUUUUUUUAAAAAAAAUAUUCUAUAAUAAAAAUAAAAAUAAAGAACGUUUUUUUUCCAACAAGAUUACACGUUUUUUCUUCACGAACACAUUGUACACUUGUCCUAACACUCACGCGAAAUUAACAGCGGCCUCGUGUCUCGGCGAUGGGGUGGGACCCAUUUUCACCCUUCAAAGUCGGCGGGGGCAGCGACCAGUGGUUCGGAAGAGAAGGGGCAAUCAGAGGCGUAACCGGAGCGGGCGGUGCGGCGGCGGCGGCGGACGACGGACGGAGAUGGCGUCGAAGGCGGCGAGAACUCCUCCUGCUGUUCCUUCGGCCGGCAGUACUCGACGGCGAGCGCCGCCGGCGCGGCUCCCCCUUCGGCCAAGCACUGGUACGCCUUCCUUUCCAUGUUCUUCCUUAUGGCUUGGAUCACCAUCGGUAUCAAACCCUCCAUCAAGAUUCAAAAGUGACAAGACCUCGUCUAAUUUUCUGCUAGCUAUACCGAUCGCUGAAGAACAACUGGGAAUUUAUAGGGAGGCGUGGGCGUGGAAAAAGACUGGUAAUCCGUGGGCUGUCGUCGUGGAAUUGGAUGCAAGAUUAUUCUUCGAUAUCUAUCGCUCAGAAAUCUUUAAUCGAAGAAAUCCCAACACUUUUGUGCCCGACGUUUUUGACCGAAUUCAGUCACCAAAGUCAAAAGGCUGCAUGUUUGAUGUAUAUAUCCGCAGGAUGAGUUGCCCAGGAAGGCCGGACUGUCUGGUAUGAUCGAGUGCCCAAGCUAGCUAAGUGCAAGCUGGCCGAGUGUCGAGAUGGAUUGAAUUGCUGAGUGGCUAAGCUUCGAGUCCGAGUGGAAAUCUGGACUAAGUUUUAGGGAGGCCUAUCUUUUCUUGAAACAAAUUCGUCAAUUCGGACAGUGCUUUGAAGUUAUAUUGAACAACUAUUUUCUAAGAUGCAACGGUAAAAUCAUGAUCACAAUCAAGCACCGAUUUUCAUGGCAAAUGAAAUUGUAUUCAACUGUUAUCACAGAUUCACAGGGAAGUGAAAAGAAUUCCCGAGCGGAUCUCUUUGUACACUACUAAGAAUAAUACUCUUUAAGGGCUCAUAUAGUAUAAUUU